CCCGCCAAUCAUCGAGGCCAAUCCCUCAAGGACUUCCCUUGAGCCAAGCAACGGAACGUCUUCAUGGAAGCUCUCCCAAGCUCCUCUUUGUCAAGUCCUCUUUUCCUCCUCACGCCAGCCAUGGAUGGCACUACAGAACUUUGUACAUGACCGGUUAUGCCUGCUCGGCUACCUACCCACUGUAGGCACCGACACUGUGAGUGUGCCGUCCCGAUGGCGUAUUCUACGUAGAUACACUACUUCAUUCCGCUUGAUGUAGCAUCGCAGCAUGGUACCCACGGUAGUUCAUCACACACUCAACCCAUCAGUUCGCAUGGAAUCAAACCCACAAAUGCCCAGUCUCUGCUCCAUAUCCUUUCGUGCCAGGAGCCAGGGUACUUUUUGCGCAAGCAUGAAAGCCCAAAUCACAAGUCUCACAGUAGCAUCAUCAGGCAAUCCAACUGGCGGAGACCGGUCUCUCAGUGUCAGCAUCUCGGCUUAUGCUGGUCUCUCGAGAAUCAGUCGGCACUGGCUCGUACCAUGUUUGGACAACACUCGACGUUAUACUCUAGUUGGGAAGCCUGAAACCCCUUCCUAUCACCCCUUCAUCGGUACUUUUUACGAAACUACGAUACCUACCGGCUUAGCCAGCCUCACGGAAGAAGCUGAAAUUGUGUCUUCCGCUAAUGAUGCCUUGUUCAGGUCUAUUGGUCUUAGCCGUUCAGUGUCCCCUGGCCCGGUCAUGCGAACCACGCAACUGCCAGCCGAAACUAUACCAAAUAGUCCUCCUGCAUAUCCCCAAUCUUAUGGCGCCUUCAUAAUGAUCGAGCACUCGGGCAGCAGUCGUCAUUUGCAGAAACAUGAUAGGGCCAUCAUCAAGAUCCCGGUGGUCAAGAGGUAUUCCAAGAGCCUGGCAACGAGAUUGUCCAGAGCAGGCUGAGUUUGGCAAGGAAUCUGUAUUGCCAGCAGCGCGGCUUGGGGCCUCAAGCUUGUGUCUUCCUCCUGGCGGAUCGUGAAAUUUAUUCCCCAGUUCCAUAGCUGGUCCAUAGCCGGCGUAAGCUUGUUCCUUCUUCACCUUAGCAAACACUGACCGUACCCAGUGGAUGUGAUAGUUACCUGAGACAUUGUGUCAGACCAAGACACGAGACCCAAACACCAGCGGAUAGCGCCCCAAGAGCAGUUUCCUUCGUUCCAUCUACUUACGGGAAUGCCUGCUUCGGCUUGCUUGGUGUCUUUCCUACAUGGCUUUGACGGCCCUU